AUGAUUUCAGCGGUAGGCUCCACGGCAGGAACAAUAGUUAUUACAUCGAUCGGCAAUGCCACAAGCGUAACUGCUACCAUUGCCACCCCUCCUCAACUACCGAAUUCGACGUGGGCCGCGAGUGCUAAUGCCACUUGGACGGCAGCAAGCCGUUCCGAGGAUCCAGAAACCUCUAAGAGGACUUCGAUAGGAGCUUCGGUCACUUUACCUCCAUGGCCAACGUUCAACUCCACCCAGGCAUCACUUACUGGCACCGUCUCAAUCCCUGUCAUCACCUCGUCGGCAACUGGUAUAUCAAACAGUACUAGUUCAGCCUCGGAAUCGUUCCCUUGGAGAAACUCAACAUCGAGAGGGAGCCUCACGGCCUCAAUCAUCACCGUGAGCGGAGGUAGCACGAUCACUUUGUGGCCAACGGGGGCGACUCCUAGCCUUACUUCGAUGCCGUCUUCCAUGGUGUACUCAGGAACCACUGCCAUCACUUACACAUCCAUCGGAAGCAGCCGGCCACCUUUUCCCACGACGAAUUUCACCACGCUGCCCGGACUUACAGGAAGCGGCACAUGGGCUUCGGGAACGUUGUUCCAAACAUCUGAGCCCUCAGAAACAUCCAAUAGCACUUCUUCUACCGUCAAUUCGCCACCAUUCCCAACAACAGGAAAUUUCACUACUAUUCCAAGGCCAACUUGGAUCCCUGGCACCGCAUCAGGGUUUCCCGUCACUACUUUGACCACCACCGGAGUAAAUGGUAGCACUACCCAAACACUCACGAUUGUCUCUCUGCCGUCGUUCCCAACCUCAAACGGUACGGCAACCCUAGGCGCAACUGGCACUUCUGCCGGCACAGGAGGCAGUGCCACUUGGGGAGGUACAGACGGACCAUUCAGUGCUCCCACGGAUUCGAGUUCAACCUGGGGUCAGUGGCCAAAUUCAACAGCUUCAACUACGGUGUCCGCCACUGGUCAACUCAACCACCAUCUCUGGAGCAAUCUCAACGACUCAUUUCACCUGGACCGUGUCCGGAUCCGUCUUCUCUUCUGUGUCUAUAUUACCUGUACCUACACUCUUGCCUUUCAACUCAUCUGCUCCUCGGAUUUCUUCCGGCACCGCACCCCCCUCUGGGCCCUCUUCAACCCCUUUUUCUAUCCCUGGACAUUCACCAACUCCACCGGCCUUCCUCCAGGAACUCCUUCGCCCUGCAACACUAUAACCUUCACCAACGGCACCGUAACUCAGGUCGUCACCACAAGCAUUCUCAUCACUUCCGCCACGGCGAGCGCUGAUCCAACAACAUUGGCCUAUCCGCCGGCCUCUUCAAACAACACCGCGCACCCUCCUAGAUCUUCCUGCACUUCCAGGUGGCAGAACAUCACGAUAGCAUCGUCGGCAGGGUUCAAAAGUACGUGGACGUCUUCAGUCCAAACAAAUCGACCCUGGACAUCUGUUGACCCAGCCACGACGUUCAUCACAUCGACCACAAGCCGCUUGAGCGACCCGAGCAGAGACAGCGGUGGGAUCCCUGAUACCAGUUUCUCCGUGGCUGGUACGCCUACCAUGACCGUCUCGAAUGUGCCCCUACCCUCUAGCCCAGCUUACCCCUGGGGAGGACUCGGUCCCAUUUUCCGACACUACAGCGGAACUGAUCCUGUUGACGACGAUACAGGGUCGCCCGACGGUCCAGUGGUCCAGGAGAGGAGCGGCAUCUGGUGGGCUCGAUGGAAAAAAAACAUGGAUCGCCUCGCAUCUCCUGGUCGGGCGAGGAAUCGGGGUGCUUAGGUCUCAUAGCAGAGAUUAGCAUCAUUGUAACCGGAUCUUUCAUCGAUGCAACACUUAUUUCGACAACUUUCUCAAAUGGAACAUUUCUUCUCAACCCUGGGAGCACGAUUUCCAGCUUUUCUCUAUGUUGAUCUCAUUUGAACCGCGUCCAUUGAUGGACCAGUGCACAAGUACCCAUACCGAGAGUCUCCAGUAUACCGCAACCCGACGGAUGGCGUGCCAGAGUUAUUUCCUAGCUAGAGUAAUGGAAAAAGAUAAAAUGGCUUUCCCGAUGAACCAUUGAAGUGUUGCUUGUACUUCCCGUGAUGAAACGCCCCUUUACCC